AUGAGAUACAUUUGCCUGCUUGUCUCAGUGGUGGGCCUAGCCCUGGCCACGCCCAGUCUGCGCAGCGCCUCGGAGCCGGCCAAGAUAUUGGAGUCGCUGAACAGUAUGCGACAGAACAGCUUCCUGGACUGGAUCAUAUCCGUGCUGGGUCCGGACUACCCUGAGACGGGCGUGUCGCCCGCCAAGCGGGAGUGCCCGGCCUGUGGCUGCGGCAACAUCAAUACGCGCCAUCGCAUCGUCGGCGGGCAGGAGACGGAGGUGCACGAGUAUCCCUGGAUGGCCAUGCUGAUGUGGUUCGGCAGCUUCUAUUGUGGUGCCACGCUGGUCAACGAUCAGUACGCCCUGACGGCGGCCCACUGCGUCAACGGCUUCUACCAUCGGCUGAUCACGGUGCGCCUGCUGGAGCACAAUCGGCAGGACAGCAAUGUGAAGAUCGUGGACAGGCGAGUGGCUCACGUGCUCGUCCAUCCCAACUACAGCACACUCAACUUCGACAGCGACAUUGCACUCAUCCGGUUCAAUGAGCCCGUGCGUCUAGGCAUCGACAUGCAUCCCGUUUGCCUGCCCACGCCCACGCAGACCUUUGCUGGCCAAACGGCAGUGGUCACCGGCUGGGGCGCUCUCAGCGAGGGUGGGCCCAUCUCCGAUACUCUGCAGGAGGUUGAGGUGCCCGUGCUGUCGCAGGAGGAGUGCCGUGAGACCAACUAUGGCGCCGACAAGAUCACCGACAACAUGAUCUGUGCCGGCUACGUGGAGCAGGGCGGCAAGGACUCCUGCCAGGGCGACAGCGGCGGACCCAUGCACGUGAUUGACGAGAAGCAAACCUAUCAACUCGCUGGCAUCGUCUCCUGGGGCGAGGGCUGCGCCAAGCCCGGCUCACCCGGCGUCUACACGCGCGUGAGCAACUUCAACGAGUGGAUAGCGGCCAACACGCGCGACUCGUGCGCCUGCAGCCAG